CGGGGCUGGACCCCACAUCCACGACAUCGGCCUAGGCCACGGCGCGCCCAAGAAGGACCAAUUCAAUGCUGCACACGAACGCUGUCGCAUGCCUCGCAAAUUCGAUCUGAUGCUGCUUGCAACUUUGGCCUGCAGCAACCCAGAGAACCCCUUGCUCCUGCGCAGCCCGCCCAGUUGAGGCUCUACACAGUAGACGGCACCCACACAGCCUCCAAACCGCGCACACAUCUUUGCGCCCCAUCGCCUGCCCAUCGCCCGGGUUGCUGUCUUUCGCCCUGACUAGGAGAGGAAAACACGAAAGGCCCGCCUCGUUCGCCUCGGCUUGCUUACUAGACAAAACACUACACGACACGGUACAACACCAGCGUUCGGUCGCACAGCAUCAGCAUCGGCUUGCCCGGCCUGGCGUACAAGUGAUACACCACCGAACCCACUACCAAGUGGCUGCCCGGGCGCCAGAGAGAAUCCGGCCCCGUCACCGCUCAGCAAACCCGUAGCCCGCCCAGCCCACGCCCGGCGACAAAGCCCGAUCCGAGGAAGAGCAAGCAACAGGAGCAGGGACGGAGGAGCGCGCAACACGGCGACCAAAGCGCAAGGGGUGGCGUCUGCCCGACAGCACCAGAUGGAGGCCACCGCCAUCUUCCGGCAAGGCAUCGGCUCCAUGAUGCCGCGCCCGCCGCAGCAACACACGCACCCGAACCAGCAAUUCCACCCCCAGUUCCAACGUCCGCCGGUGCCCCAGCAAUUCCAGUAUCACGCCCCCGGCCCCGGCCCCGCUACCUCGCCCGCCCGUGCCCGCCAGCACAAUCGCGACGACUCGGACGGCAACAGCCCCUCGCAGCGCAUCGCGCACACCCUGACGGCUUGUUGCCGUUGCCGACAGCGCAAGACGAGAUGUGACCCCACGCUUCCACGCUGCCUUCCGUGCGAGCGGUCCGGCUCCAUAUGCGAGUACUACGACACGACAAAAGGAAAGAAGAUCAACCGCCAGUAUGUUGUGAAGCUGCAGGGCCGAGUCCGCCAGCUUGAGGCGGAGCUGGCGCAGUUCACCAACGACGAUGACUACCCCCGCAACUCGGAGGACAUGGUGCGGCCGGGGGGCCUUGUUCGCCUAGACGAGCGCGACGAGACCCCGCGGUACCUUGGCCCGAGCAGUGGCAUCGCCAUGACGCGUCUGUUGAUGGAGGAGGCCAAGCGUUACACCGAAUCCAACAAAAUAUCCGAGCUGAUCCCCGAGGUACGCUCGCGAAGGUUGGACCGCUCGAACAGGAUGCAGAGCGUCGUCAGCAUGGGAGGGAGCAUAAGCGGGCCCUCUGGCCGCAAGAAAAGCUACCCCAUGGUCAGCGCGUACCCGGCCGAGGGACUACCGACUAGGCCCAUGGCUGGGGGGCUCAUGGAUGUGUUCAACCAGAGAGCCCAAAUAUUUCAACCGAGCCUCCACGAAGUCACGCUGGCAAAAGACCUAGAUGACGUGUAUGCUGGCGAGGCUGACGCUCACCAAAAUUUCAUGGUCCGGAUGGUCCUCGCCGUCGCGCUCCAGAAGCUCGACACACAGUGGGCCGGACUUGCAGAUGGCUACUAUCUGGCCGCCAUGCAGUACUUUGAGGACGUUGUGCGGACAAAGGACUUGAGGACAGUGCAAUGUCUUAUCCUCAUCGCUCAGUAUUCGACCUUGACGCCCACGAGGACGGCCGUCUACUACAUCAUCGGUCUUGCCACAAGAAUAUGCCAGCAGCUUGGCCUCGGCGAUGAGAAGACCAUCACCAACACCAACGGUUGUGCCCAGGGUGACUUGGACCCACUCACGCUCGACAUGCGACGCAGGCUAAGCUGGAUCGUGACCGCCAUGGAGUAUGGCCUGGCCCAUAGCAUGGGGCGCCCGAGCGGCUUCGCCAAGGGCAACGACUUUAUGGACGUCGGCUUCUUCGACGCCCACGCUGAUGAGGACAUCACAUCCGAGGGUAUAAAGGAUGGUCCGCUGAGUAAGAAGAAGCUCGCGGCGAUACACUUUUGCAAGAUGCGUGUCCUCCAGGCCGAGAUUCGUCGGGUUCUUUACGAGAAGAAACGGCACGAGCCCAGAGACGAGAGCCACCCCUGGUUCGCGCAGAUGGAGCAGAAGAUGCAGGAAUGGCUCGACGCCAGCCCUCAACAGCCAGCCUGGUGCCGGCCCUGGUUCACGGGCAAGUACCACACCAUGGUUGUCGCCUUGUACAGGCCCUCGCCACAGGUGCCAAAGCCCUCUGGGUCUGCGGCUCUGCGCUGCGCCGAAUCCGCGGCCUUCAUCAUGACCCUGUCGAGUCAGCAAGUCAAGAAGUCUGCUGUAGAUAUCACAUGGAUCUUCCUCCUGACUGUCUACAUGUCGCUCAACACGUUGCUAUGGUCCGUUUCGUACGCCGAAGUUCGCAAGGCGCACCCCCGGGAGAAGCUGGAGGAGCUGGUGGCAACAUGCCUCGAGACCAUCGACCAGUGCGCCGAGCGGUGGCCAGGAACAGCUGCUGCGUCGCAGCACUAUAGCAACCUCGCUCGGGCGUGUUUGCAGAGCUACGAGCAGAAGGAAGACGCAGCCGUAUCUCGGGGUUUCGCCGGCAACUUUGGGACACCCUCUUCGACCACUGACACCAACUCUCCCUCGGCGUCGGAUGUUUCGGGCCCGUCGGCUGCCUCAGCUACCGGCUCACAGGCGUUGCCACAGCACAGCCAGCAGCAGCAACAACAGCAAGCGUCGCUGUUCGUCACACCGCAGUUUGGCAAUGUCUUCAACAGCCAGCCUGAGGCAUCCUUCAACUUUGGAAAUCCCGGUUUUGUCGACGACGGCUUCCAGCAGAGGCAUCCCCAAUUCCGCACCGGUUCCAUCUUUUACAACCCUUCGUCAGAUGGCAAAGGCCGACGGCCGUCUUACUUCCCGCCAGAGUUCGUACAGGACGAGGAGAAUUCUCGCAUGGAGGACCAGACGGGUUCUGGGCCCUGGCCUUCAACCGCCCACCACGAGGGCAGGCAGUCUUCGCCUCAGCACAAUGCACUCCCCACACCCCCAGAGUCGCUAGGCGGUGGCCAGGGCGGGUUCCCCAACGGGAACUCAUUGUCUCCGGCAAUCACAAUGGCGUCGGAUACCCGCUCAGUCAGCCCAACUCCUACCAUGGCUCACCGAAGCCCACCCGCACACAUGACGCCCGUCGCCACCCCUGCCAUCAAGUUCACGCCCCACACUCCGCAGCAGCAGCAGCAGGAGAUGCACGGCCACCCGACGCCGCAGUCGACGCCGCAGCAGACCCCGACAGGCCCCGUGACGAUGCCAUCAUCGCGCGGACCCACGUUUGCCGUCCCGCCGCUGCCACAGCAAGGACGCCACGCACACCACCACCCGCCAGCCAACGUCUCCUCCAGCUGGUUCAGUCCGCCGCCGCCCCUCAUCUCGCCGUUUGCCUUCUCGCAGCAGCAAAACAAUCCGGCUUUCAACGGCAAUGCGCAGAGCUUUGGUGACCCUGGCGUCGAUACAGCCUUUAUGAGCGCCUUGCCUCCUGGCGGAUUCGGAGGGGCAGGCAUGAACAGCAUGGGCCUUGGUCCAGGCGGCGCACCCGGUGGUGGCAUGCCAUCGUUCGGCCAGGGGGGUCAUUUUGCGGCCAACGGCUUCGUGAACCCUAUGCGGCACGGCAGCCUGACGCAGGAGCAGCUGUCGGAGCUCAUGGGUGUGCUGGAGCAGGACGGGAUGGGUGAGAUCAACCAGCUGCUGAACAUGGGCGUCGACAUGGUCGGCGUGGAGAACGGGAACGGGGGCCGAUGGUGAAUGUCGGUCCUGUCUAUAGCGCCGGGUUAUUUGGAUAAUUCUGUCUCUUGGUAUAGGUCUUGCUGGAUGCCUUUUUCUGUGUGCCCGGCGGCUGUUGUCUGUUUCUUGUGGCUAGGAAACAUCUCUUGGGGUUUUAGAUAUAUGCUCUUCCUUCAUUGUUUGUUUCGCGUUUAGCUCUCUCUCGCUGAACCAAGACUCCCUCGCCAGUUCCCUGCACAGGCCCUAAAUCGGCGCCUGAGGACGCAAAGCCGCAAUAUAUACCCUGCCCUUUUGUUCAAACCAGGCUCGCUCACUCAUGCACCCAACACGGGCGCCG